CAGGUCAGACCCCGCACUUUGCCGUGGGAAGUUGGGAAAAGCAGGGAAAAAGCUUAAUCUGAUCGAUCCAAUCGCAAGCUUUUGAGGGGAGGUGGUGUCAGGGGCUGUGUUUAUGCAGUGGAACAAAAGGAAAGCUUCGUUGCAUUUCUGCCCGAGGAGAUGCAGAGAGGAAUGUCGUGUUCCCAAGGGCGCUUGGGAUGGCUACUGUUGAAAGAGCCGACACCAAUGUAUGGGCCGUGAUUAAUAAUGCUGGUAUUGCACUAGAAAUCCCCCCAGCCACCUGAAGAUGUCUUGAUGCUUCUGCAUGGUCUGCAAUGCAUGCAGGCCUCUGGUGGUGGUGGUAGUGGUGGUGGCGCGGGGUUACUUUCCGGCCAUCUCUCGUGUCACUCCUUCUCCCAAUGCAAUCAUGCAGGCACCGCCUCCUGCAAAAGGACUCGAGGUAUUGACACUAUUGACCGAUGUCAACCCGGCGCUACAUUCCCUUCCCGCCAUUGGCUUCCAUCCGGCUUCUGCCGGCCUUCUCGAUGUCACUGCCUCAACUCUCUUCCGCUCCCGAUUUCGUUCGGCAUGGGUCCUGCCCGAGUGACUAAUGACGCAUCCCGGAGCUUGGAUUUAUCUUCACUUCUGUCCUCCUUCUUCGUAGGAUCAAGAUCUCGAUCUCUCCUCCCUGAGGUUUCAAUUUUGGGAAAGUCCAAGAACAUAUUUUGCUCGCAGGUUCCGACUGUUGGCACUUCGACAUGACUCUAACAUUCAGCCACAUGAGCGCUGACUCGUUCAUUGAGCAACAGCUGAAAGGAAGGAAACGACCCAGAGUUCGGGAAGCUGUGUCUUGCUGGCAGUGCCGGACGCGUAAAACACGAUGCGAUCGCGAAUCUCCCUGUGGCCAAUGCAAACAUCGUGGUGUCGCCACCGAGUGUAUUUACAGCACUCCCAAAGACCGCCAGGACGUUCCAAGAUCGCGAUCAAGACUGCGUGUUCCUUCAUCGUCCUCAGCUCCCUCACCAUCAGCACAACUAUCCCCUGAGGGCCCGACACAAACACACACGCCACCAGACAGCUGCUCAUCAAGAGGGGAAACACCAGAGUCCACACCAACAACGCCAUCACCAGCCGAAAAGCAGAAUGUUGCUCGGGCACCGAGAGGCAAUGCCUACAAGGGCACUGCGUUCAAGACUCGCGUGAUGGGUCUGAGCCAUUGGUUGGCUCCAUGUAACGAGAUGACAGUGUUGAAGGCAAUGUUGGAUCACUCGCCUGAAUUUCACACUAGUCGCAAGGCAUUUGCCGAGCUCAAAGCUCAGCUAAGGACAUACAACAAUGUCUCCGAACCGUCAGUGGGAAGAGACAGCGCCAGCCUUCGAUCGCUAUUACCCGAACGACAGGAAUGCGAGGCGUGGAUCGCGAAAUACUUCCAGACAUAUGGGCGCCUGUACGGAAUCCUCGACCAGCCAGCUUUUAACAGGGAUUUGGAACGCAUUUAUUCAGGUUCCCUCGAUCAUCCGGUGCACAUAUGCAAAAUCCUGCUAGCCGUCAGCAUCGCCAUGCAGAGCAGCGAACAAGAGAGGCACCGUGGGAGGAGAUUGGCGAGGGCUGUCGAGAAUUGCAUAUAUACACCAAAGUUCCAAAAGCCAUGUUGUGGUGUGGUACAGGUUUUGCUGCUAUUAGCAGUCAUGAAGAGCAUUUUGGCGUCAGAGACGGACAAGAUGUACGAUUUGCUUCCGCUUCAUGGGCUGAUCAGGGAUAUCACAACCAGCAUGGGUCUUCAUCGCGACCCAGCACUCUUCGUGGAGGUCACGCCGUAUUUUGCCGAGCUCAGAAAGCGCCUCUGGUGGUGCUUCGUGCGGUUGAAUUUGGAGUACUCGAUACGAAGUGGAACACAGUUCAGUUUGCGCUUGGAGGAAAGCGACUGCCCAUUACCACUGCCGAUCAGUCUCCGUACGUUAGACCGGGAAUCCGACGGAACGACAGACUCGGAUCUUGAAAGGACAGCCGAAAAUGACAUCAAGUUUUCGGUCGCUGCAGCAAAGCUGGCCCAAGUCAUUGGACCUUUACACCAAGCGCUUUAUUCACCCCAACCUCCUUCUACCAACGAAAUUCAGGCGCGUCUUCGAGCGGGAUUCGGGAAGUUCCUGACAGAACUACCACCUGCACUGAGAUCUGGCGCCAAACCCACAGACCCAAUCGAGGAGCUUCAGCAAUCUCUGAUCUCGAUCCCAAUGACCAGCUUCCUCUCUAUUACUGGACUGGGCAGCACAUUAGGCACAUCUCCAGAUGCUUCGCAACGCAGUCAGCUGUUGGAACUAUGGGACAAUGCCGCUUCUAUUUUGCACCAGUUCCGCAGUUUAUGUCAGAUUAGCUCUGACAUGAGCAACACAGCCUGCCAGCUAUUCUGGACCGAUGCUGCUCGUUCGGCGAUGGCAUCUUGCUGGAUUCUUGGCCGACUACGCCAGCUAGACAACAUCCGCAUUCUUUUCCACCCACAAAGGACAGGGUGUGUCUUCCGCGAGCUGUUGAUCAAAUCUCUGGUUUUUCUGCAAGAUCUAUGGCAGACGAGGUAUCACCUAGGAGUGGUGGCAGCCAAGUUCAAUUUGUUGCUAGCGGUCAGCAUCAACGUCACAUCAAACCUGUACGCCGAUGACGUCAACACAGACACAUCCAGGCAAAGACUCUUUGAUGGGGCAGCAACGGCAGCACAAGGGCUGAUUGCGAGUAUGCUGCAUGGCGUGCAGCUACGGCAGCAACAACAGUUCUCUGUGCCACUCAUUACGCUCGAUCCUCCAACUCUUAUGUCUGCUUCUGUGGAAUAUCCCACGUGGGAGGUAUCGGAUACUGGCAUAGAGCUGUUGGGUGUUCCGGACCCCUUGUCUCGGGCCAGCACACCUUUGCUGGGGCCUGAUUUUCUGCCUUUCGAUUAUCCCACGAAUGUGGACUUUGCUGGUGUUAUGUACACGAACAACGACUUUGACUUUGCCAUGGAGACUGGGGGGAUGUUUCAGGAUAAUAUGACGAUGGGGUUGCCGCCGUUUGUGGAGCAACAGGGAAUGGUGCCUUUGUGGUAGAUUUAUUGGGGGUGGAGUUUGGGGCAGGGAAAUAGUUAUUGAUACCAAAAAUGAAUAUGGAAAUGUCUCCUUCCAGUCUUACACUCCACCCCUCCCCAAGAAAGAGCUUUACAGACCAUUGAAGAUAAACAGCUACUCAUGCUUCAUGCCAGAUGCU